UCUUUAAAUACGCUCAUAUUCCAUGAAUUUGGUACCACUCAUCGGUUUAUCAGAGAAGUUGCAAGUUGCCGAAUUGUUAGCUGCAGGUUCCCUUGCGACGGAACAAUCUACUCUGUUGUUCAUGUUAUACGUCAAAACAUGCUCUUCUUCCCCCACGAUAGACGGGUCUUCUGUGUUUUUCUUCUCUUUGAAUUGUCAGGUUUCAAGCAUGUCUUCCAGAGCUAUUGUCUUCGUUUGUAUCCUGGUAGCUUUCGUUUCGAUCACGAGUGCUCGUGUGAUCGAUACAAAUGGCGAUCAAGAGGCUAUCGAUAAAACUGCAAUGGACUUGGUGAACGACGAUUUGACAGCUCACAUUCCCAGAGCUGUGAAACGCAGUGCUGGAUACAUGAUAGGCAGUCCUUGCUGCACCUCGUGUAAUACUGGGUGCUAUUGCUGCUACGCCUGAAGAACCUCUGGCAAAUAGACAUCAUCGUGGAAUUAAAUCACUUUUUUAUAUCUUUUUUAAUCAAAUUUUCUAGUAAAAUCACGAAGGGUAUGGGAAAGGUCAACAAUUAAAUAUUUAGAGGAGAGUGAAAUGAAUGUAUGCAUUAUAUAUAUAUAUAUAUAUAUAUAUAUAUAUAUAUAUAUAUAUAUAUACAUUACCAUGAUAUUACUGAGACGCUGUUCUCCCUUGAAUGUAAAGUUUCACUGUUGUACAUGUUUUUAUGGAGUUUACAGUCAAUAAUAACAAUAAUAAUAAUAAUGAUUAAUUAAAUGCAUAACAGAUAAAACCCUUCUCUCUGUGUAUCAAAAUAGUAUGAAACAAAGUAAUUGUAAGAAAUGCAAACUAGCUAAUGGAUAGAAAUUACUAAUACACCAUAAGACAGAAUAUUCAAAUCAAAGUUAAUCAUAAUACAUUUGUCAAGAACCUGUAAAUAUUUAUUAACCAUACCAAAAAUCGGAGUCUCAAUUACAUUCAAUUAAUUAUUUUCUUUUUUGUUUAAUGGCAUUAAUAAGACAUUGAGUUACCUUUCCCAGGUUCCACUUGUAUCCCGUGUCUGUUUCUUAUUAUAAAAAUGAAGCCAAGAAAAGAAAAAUAUCGCCCGAAAAUCUUCGUUUGACGCUUCAAAUAAUGAAACAUAGGGUGACCGGAAACACCAUCUUCAUUUCAUCCAUUACACUAGCACGUGUUAUAUAUAUAUAUAUUAACCUCCCCCUUUGGAUUUAUCAAAUAAUUUUUUUCCAAUCAAUUAUAUCUUUAACGUGUCUGCAAGAAUUUGUUUUGUUUUGUUUCCUCCUUAUUGGGUGUGUGUGUUUAUACUUUCCUCCGACCGAGAUACUCCUGGUAAUUUCAACAGGUAUUCGAUGAUAUUAGCUGAAUAAUAGCCUACAAUAAUUUAUGUUUGGAAAUGCGUACUCGUUAAGUCAUUAAACUGUAAGUAAAUAAUAUCAUUAAA